UAUCAAUUCUGCCGUACCCAAUUUAUACACAAAUUUGUGAGUUAUUGCUUAUAUUAUUAUUUGGACCAGUUGAAGCUCUACGCUUAUUUUGGGGAAGAAAAGGUAAUUUAACGGAAACACCAGCCUUUAUAGCAUUUUCGCUAUUGUUAAGUGCGGCUGAUAUUGCACUGUGUAUAUAUUGGGCUAUGUUCCAAAGUUACGUUCUUCUUAUCGAGUUUAUUGUAGUUUGCAUUCAAGGUGGUCUUGUGACUAUUGAAAUUUUGCUGGCAAUUAUAACUAUUACCAGAUUUUCCACGUAUUCUUUUUUCUUGAUUUCUUUGCAUCAUUUCAAACAUUUCAAUAAGCAAUUCAUAAAAUAA